AUGAAUCGAAAAAUAUUGGCUGUGGUUCCAAUGAAUGGUGAUGAACGGGCAGAUAAAUCUCUGCUAGAUACGCUAUGGGUGAGUCUAAGGAGACUAGUGAAAAGCCGAUUAUUAUUACUCCUUCGAGCGGAAGAAGAUGAAGAAUAUGUGGAGGAAAUAAUAAAAUAUUGUUGCAGCCAUAAAGCUGUCAAUGUGGUGGCCAUUAGAGACAAUAUUGCCCAACUACCCGAAUAUUAUUCCCCAAGAAUAUUUCCCUCAUUUGAAAUGCGGACUCAACAACUAAAUGGAUUCUCCAAACUCUAUCCAGAUCAAGUAAGAAAUAUGCAUAAGGCUCCAUUACGUAUGAAUCUAAAACGGGACAGCAAUAAGUCGUAUAUUUUAAAGGAAGUGAAUGGAACCUAUUUCCUUGGUGGUCAUGUGGGUCAUUUAUUUGAUGAAUUUGCCAGAUUUCAAAAUGCAACAAUAACAUUUCCCACCGGCUACCUCGACGCCUUUUGGUAUGACAUGUUUCUUGAUAAUGAGACUCUUGAUAUGUCACAGCAACUUGUCCUGAAUGACUAUUCAAGUGAUCGGACUCACAGUAACUGUUAUACACUAUUAGAAUGGUGCAUUAUGGUGCCAACGGCGAGUCCAAUACAGGACUACAUGCUAUAUGCCAUGGUAUUUGAUGUUGGCAUAUUGUGGUUAAUUUUAGUCACAAUGAUGUUAUUGUCCUCUGCCUUGGCCCUCACCUAUUGGUUGGAAGGUAAAAUUACAAAUCUCUGGAAUAUCUUCUUCAACGUGUACAUUUUCAAUGGUAUGUUGGGUCAGCCCUAUCAAAUGGAACCUAACUAUUUGGGUUGGCGUAGCAUUCUCUAUGUCCUGACCUGCCUUGGUGGCAUCAUAAUAAACACCACAUACGCCUCAUAUCUGCAAAGCUUCAACGCAAGUCCACCCACAGAAAAACCCAUCAAUACCCUGCAGGAUGUCCUUCAAAGGAAUAAGAAAAUACUGAUGUACGACGAUGAAUUUAAGAAAAUGACAAACGAAUUAUUCGCCGACUAUGAUAUGUACUUGAAAGUUGUCAAGGUCAUACCUACAUUUCUGGAAUUCUAUACAUUGCGCGAUAGCUUUGAUACUCGUUAUUUGUACCCCGUGCCGGAGGUUCAAUGGGCCCAAUACGAUGAACAACAGAAAUUCUUUGCAAAACGUAAAUUUAUCCUAUCGGACAUAUGUUUGUUGAAAAUGUACGGCCAAAUGGUAGCCAUGCAGGCGAACUCACCCUUCGAGGAUGCAGUCAACGAAAUGAUUGGCAUAUCUGCUCAGGCUGGACUUACUAACCAUUGGAAGCAAUUGGCCUUUUUGGAGGCUGUCCAAAGGAAACGCAUAAAAUUGACCGACACCAGCAAGAAGACAACCGUAGAGCCAAUGAAAGUAGAAGAUAUUAAAUGGUUAAUGUUUUUGUAUCUCGGCUUAAAUUGUAUGGCGUUGCUAUGUGUGAUAGUUGAAAUUCUUUGGUAUAGAUUUUUUGUAAGCAUAAAUAUUGUAAAUCGUGUUGAAUAA